AUGGCAACUACGGAAAACCCCCUUGUUCGGCCUUCUAUUGCUCGGUUCGACGCCACGGACCCCUCGACCACGACCGACACGCUGGUCAACAUCAUAAACCGCGACGGCGGCGUCAUCGUCGAGAAACUCAUCGACCGUCGGCUGGCGGAAGAGAUCCGGCGGGACCUGAAGCCGCACUUUGACGAGGACAUCCCGGACAAGUACGGGUUCUUCCCGGCGACGACGCAGAGGGCCUCGGGCCUGCUGGGCAUCUCGGACGGCUGCGUCGAGCUCGCGUGCAGCCCGCUCUUCACCUCGGUCGCCAACGCCCUGGUCUCCUCGUCGUACACCUUCUGGAGGGGCGACCAGCAGAAGACCGUGAGCGGGAAGCCCAUCAUCUCCUCGACCGUGGGCUUCCGCGUGAACCCUGGCGGGACACAGCAGGUGCUGCACCGCGACGACAACGACUAUCACCCCCACGACAAAACGCUGCCCGUCAUGAUCGGGUGCGUCACCGCGUUGACCAAGACGACGGCCGCGAACGGCGCGACCGUCGUGAUCCCGGGGUCGCACCUCUGGGGUCCGGACCGCCGGCCGCUAGACUCCGAGACCGUUCCCGCGGAGCUCGAGCCCGGCGACGCCCUGAUCUUCCUAGGCAACCUCUACCACGCCGGAGGGGCAAACAUAACCCAAGACGAGUAUCGGGAGACCGUCGGCAUCUUCCUGUGUCAGCCGACGCUGCGGCCCGCGGAGAACCAGUUCCUCAUGGUGCCGUUCGAAAAGGUCAAGAAGAUGAAGCCGCAGGCCCAGAGGCUGCUUGGCUACGGCCUGUGCGAACCCGGCGUUGGGUUCAUGAGGUAUCAGGACCCCAUGAGAGUGCUGUUCGGAGUCGAGGACGAGGAGACGGUCAACAUGUGA